AUGGGUUGCAGGAUUAUUGCUGAGCUCGAUAGUAACCAGCUGAUUGAGGAGGUUUUGCUCGACACACCUCGAGCAAACAAGCUGAUCCAGUCCAUGCCCUAUCUGGUACCAUUUCCCGACCGCGUUAAACUGUUCCAGCGACUUAUCAAGGCGGACAAGGAGAUCCACCAAAGCGAAAGCUGCUCGGUGUAUCGCAUCCGUAUUCACAGAGGUGCCAUUUUGGAAGACGGUCUGAGGAAGCUCAACUCGAUUCGGACAAGUCUGAAGAAGCGUAUCAACGUGGUUUUCGUUAACGCCACUGGUCGCGAAGAAGUUGGCAUCGACGCUGGCGGACUCUUCAAAGAGUUCUGGCUGGACCUGUCGACCCUCGCGUUUGAUCUGCAGUACGGACUGUUCCUCACGACCCAUGAUCAACUGUUGUAUCCCAACCCCAACUCAGCUUCAGGUCAUUUUUCGCGCGAGAGCGACCACCUUACGAUGUUUCAGUUCGUCGGUCGGAUCUUGGGAAAGGCGCUCUACGAAGGCAUUGUGGUACAGCCGAAGUUCGCCCACUUCUUCCUCUCCAAGUUGCUGCACUCGUUCAAUCAGCUGAAUGAGCUGCCGUCACUGGACCCCGAGAUCUACAAGAAUCUGAUGUUCCUGAAGUCGUACGAAGGUGGCGUGGAGGAUCUCGGCUUGACCCACACGGUCGUCCAAGACGUGUUCGGCGAGCAAAAGGAGGUCGAGAUCAUCCCAGGAGGAGGCAACGUGCCCGUCACGAACCGGAACAAGACUCGCUACAUCCACCUGGUCGCCAACUACUACCUCAACACACAGAUCAGGGAGCAGUGCGCAGCCUUCCGCCUGGGUCUGUCGGACCUCAUCGACCCGCGAUGGCUCCAAAUGUUCAACGAGCCCGAGUUGCAAGUGCUGAUCUCGGGCAAGAGCGGCAAAAUCGACGUGGACGACCUCAAGGCCAACGCGCGAUACGCUGGCGGCUACUACGCGCUGGACAAGCGCGUUGCAUGGCUGUGGCAGGCGCUGGCGAGCUUCACGCCGUCCGAGCAGGCGGCGUUCCUGCGCUUCACCACGAGCUGCCAACGCGCGCCGUCGCUGGGUUUCGCCUCGCUCACGCCCCAGUUCUGCGUGCAGAAGAUCCCGAUCCGCAGCGACGACGAGCUGCUGCCCAGCUCCUCCACGUGCUUCAACACGCUCAAGCUGCCCACGUACUCGUCCUACAAGGUGCUGCGAGCAAAGCUGCUGACGUCCAUUUCGUCCGGCGCCGGCUUCGAGAUUACCUAAACCAAGGUAGGCAAUGUCACUUCAAUGUAGCCAUGAUGUUUUUAGCUGC